AUGCUCAAGAUAUUCGCGGCCGCGCUCCUCGCUGCUUCCGCCGCCUCGUCUGGAGUCCUAUCGAACCCCUUCACUCACCCGCCCAUGACUGAUGCUUCCAACCUAUUCAAGACAGGUGGUCCGACCGAUACGUUCAUCAAUCACUUUGAUCAGCACCGCGUGGCGACGGACAUCUACAUGCAAUUUCACAUUGCUGCGCUUUACCCCAACCAGACCAUCACCAUCACCCAAGAGCGCUUCUUCCAGCCUCUGGCCUACGCCAAAGGCGCUCCCUGGCACACACUCGUUGUCAGAGAGCUCGACGACGUGGAAUCCAUCAAGCGGACAUGGUACGUGCCUAGUAUGAGGAGGAGGGACGGGGACGGCGUAGUGCAGGAUCAGGUCGUAUUUGCGGGAUACGAGAUUGCCUGGGGUUUUCAAUCAUUUAUAGCUAUUGUGGGAUCGUGGACUGAGGGGUACGCCAGCAUUACCCAGUGGCAUCUCAUCGGCGAGGACGAGCAGGCGGCCAAGCAGCUCAUCCACGAUUGCGCCGCGUUCAUGUCGACCGUCACGGAUGCCGUCUGGGUCUUUGAGCAGAGCUACUGGAAGCCGGACUUUGAGCUCUGGAAGGCCGUGCAAAAAGCUUCUUGGAACGAUGUGGUACUCGACGACAAGCUCAAGAGCUCCAUUCAAGAUGACUACCGCUCCUUCUUCAAGUCGGAGGAGGUUUACAAGCACCUCGAGGUGCCUUGGAAGCGGGGACUGAUCUUCCUUGGCCCUCCGGGGAACGGCAAGACCAUCAGCUUGAAGGCUAUAAUGAAGGAGGUCAACGUGCCUCUCCUGUACGUCAAGUCGUUCCAUACUUACCAAGGAGAUGAGCUGGGCAUCCGUGCGGUCUUUGCCCAGGCCCGAGCCUUUGCUCCCUGCGUGCUCGUCCUCGAAGAUCUCGACUCUCUCAUAACGGACCAGAACCGCGCGUUCUUCCUCAACGAGGUAGAUGGCCUAGACGACAAUGACGGAUUGUUGCUGAUCGGCUCUACCAACCACGUCGACCGUCUCGACCCCGCGCUUUCUAGCCGUCCCUCCCGAUUCGACCGCAAAUACGCGUUUCCAAACCCCAGCAAAGCCGAGCGACGGGCGUACGCCGUCUACUGGCAAGAUAAGCUCGCGUACAACAAGGACCUCAAGUUCCCGGAUGAGCUGCUCGAUACCUUUGCGGACAAGACCAGCAAGUUCUCGUUUGCGUACAUGAAGGAGGCAUUCAUCUCCACCCUUCUCAUCCUCGCCGGCCAGGAGCCAACCUACCAGAUCCACUUUGGCCCCACUUUGCUCGAACAGAUCAAGAAACUCCGACAGCAGAUGGAGGACGGCGAGGAGGCCAUGAUGACUGGUAGUGGUGGUUAUGCUGGCGCUGAGGCUGCAUAUGCCGGGAUGAGCUGGGGCAGGAAUGGGCAGGAGCAGGUGGACGAAGCUGUCGGAGAGGGGAUGUGGGGCAGAAGGGAGGAGCAGAGGGGGGGACUGAUGGUGCCUGUUGGACAGAAGGUGUUUGGGCGUGGUGUAUGA